UUGUAUUUCUCAACAUUCCACGAUCGUGAUUGUUUGUGUUUUUUGAUCGCCACGUUUCGUCAGAUUUCAUCAUUCUUGAGGAUCUUACUCCGUUCGGAAUUACGAUUGAAUUAUGGUAUCGAUCGUUGUACCGGCAGUGUUGCGAUUUAGCCGCGUGACAGUCGAUAAUUUGUAUCAAAUGAACAAAAGUGGUCUACGCAGAUUGCCACGUGUAUCUACUGCAUUUUCCUGGCAAAGGCAACAUUUUAGUACAAUAACGGAAGAGAAGAAGCCAGAUUCCACUAAUGUACCUCCUAUGUCCGAGGCUACUGAGAAUGAAAAAAAACUAAAAACCGAACUCGAGCUUAUUAACAAAGAGCUUGCAGAGCUUAAGGAGUCUAAAGACACUCUUGAAGAUAAAUAUAAGAGAGCGUUGGCGGAAGGAGAAAAUAUUAGAGUUAGGCUCACCAAGCAGAUUAAUGACGCCAAACUUUUUGGUAUUCAAGGUUUCUGCAAAGAUCUCUUAGAUGUAGCUGAUGUAUUGGGAAAAGCUACUGAGAGUGUACCAAAGGAUGAGAUAACGGAACGAAAUCCACAUUUAAAAGGUUUAUACGAAGGCUUAGUCAUGACAGAGGCUCAAUUACAUAAAGUUUUCAAGAAGCAUGGCUUAGUUUCAUUGAAUCCAGUAAACGAAAAGUUUGAUCCUAACGAACACGAAGCAUUAUUUCAACAAGAGGUUGAGGGCAAGGAGCCUGGAACAAUUGUAGUUGUAUCAAAAGUAGGAUAUAAAUUGCAUGAGAGAAUAGUGAGACCAGCAUUAGUAGGUGUUGCUAAAGGAUAACUGAUGUAAAGGUGACAUCGCGUGCGUACGUUACAUGAAUCAUUAUAGCGUACGUCGUAUCAUUACACAUGCGUGUGCCGUGUAUCCACGCACGCGGUGCGAAAGUGCGUGCGGGGAUUGAGACGCACAGCCGGUCAUUCUGCGAGAAACCGCCGUGAGCGAGGAGGAAGGAAGAAAGGACUUUCGCUCGUUCGCGACGCACGGGUCGUAUUCUCUCGGACAGCGCGGGUCCAAGCAAGCGCCCGCCGGCUUCCUUCGGCGCGCCGGUGAGUUCUGUCACUCUUGUCGUACGAGUCGACUUUCAACGGCGGCGAAAACCAAAGGAAAAAAAAAAAGAAAAGAAAAGAAGAAAGAAAGCAAGCAAGCAGACAACCUUUGGGAGCUCGCGCGCGCGAGCUACCGGUUGCAGAUCGCUGACACUUCCGGUUUUAGAAUGUGCGCGGCACCGCGCACACAUGACGAUCUUCGUCUUACAGGAUACGUAACAAAAUUAUUCCGUCCGCACCGCCUUUCUGUCUUUCUCUUUCUCCUCCGUCCCUCCCACCGUGGCGGCCCGGCGUAAUGAGGUGAGAUGCGAGAUGCGAGAGGCGAGAGGCGAGAGGCGAGACGACGACGCGAGGAUGAGCAGGAUGGUU